AUGGCGGAUCGGCCUGGCACUCAUAGAGCCAACAUUAUCGUCGACGCGAACGUCGAAAGCUUUCGGAACGUCACACGGGAUGCUCUCAAUCAACAAGUUCAAGCAGUCAUGGCAGAUCUUGAGGUAGCAUACCAAGCGCGUGUCCAUGACAAUGCACAAGCUCAUGAGGUCCAGAUCUCAGUGAACAUCAACUACAGUCUUCGCCCACUUACCAGCCAGGCUGAUCUAGAUGAUCAAAUUGCUUGCCGCAGCCGCGCGGACAUGGCCCACGAAACUGCUCAACUGAACUUGGACAUCGGCGUCCAUGCUGGUGAAAUCAAUCAGCAAGACACAGACGAUUUCCUAGAUGAUGAAUAUCCUCCAACGCUGUUCUCUUCAGCUGCAAGAUUGCUGGAUUCGCUGCCCGUUGUCAAUCUUGCUCAUCUCAAAGAAGAAUCCCAAGAUUGCCCUGUUUGCCGGGAACCCUUUUCCGGGUCAGAAUAUAGCGAAGUGGAUACGCCGGUCUUGCUCCAUUGCAAUCAUAUUGUCGGCCGGGCCUGUGUCGAGCAAUGGCUGUCAGGUGAUCACAAUUCAUGCCCUAUGUGCCGUGCAGCGAUCUUUGAGCCAGCCGUGCUUACGGCGCUGGCAAACCAAGAACGGUCGGGGGACCGUUCAGGUUCUCUUUAUCAUGUCCAGGCGGAAAAUUUCGCAAGAGAGGAUAUCGACGGCCGCGCAAGACCAGAGUGA